AUGGUCUCCAUCGCCACGUCUCACAAUCUGCCGCUUACGGCCACCCCUCCUAUCAACCGUUGCAAAAUGAUCCCGACCUCUUCGCCCGUAUCAAUACUCAAACCCACAAAACCCACCGGUACGAAACGCAAAAUGACCGACGCGAACCUCAGCCUCUCUCCGGUAUCGUCCGUAUCGGACAGCUUCCUCGAAGAUGCCCCUCCGAUGAAAAAGCGCCCUCGUGUGACCUUCGACGAGAAGAUUCAGACGCAAACGGUCUCCUGGCCCGUCGACGGUGCAUCGGAUACAUCCGAAAAGCCUUUAGCCGUGGUCAGAGAAGAAGCUCGUCGAGCAAUCCAUCGCCAUGUUUCGGCCGGAGAUAGCGACGCCUACAACCAGCUUAAGCAGAUUUUCACGGCGGACCCGAAAAAAGCGGACGACAGCCUCUAUUCAUAUGAUCUCCCAACACAUGCAUCUCUGAAAUAUCACCUCAUGGCUCUUCUAUCGCAUAUUGCCUCGCUGGACCGCAGCUGCAGCAGUCUAGUGUCUGCUGUUCUCAACAGCGAAUGGCUGGGCCGCGACGAAACCUAUGUGAAACUCUACAUCCGGUUUUUAGGCAACCUGGCGGCAGCGCAGGGCACUUAUCUCGGUUCAAUCCUGAAGGUUCUUGCCACCAAGCUCGCUGGUGUCCCCCGAGGCACUGGCCGACUUCCAGGCUACGCCCCUGUUCAGGCGUCUGAGAUCUACACUCGUGUCCACAUGGCACUCAGAUAUGUAUUGCGCCUGGUUCCCGCUGGCAGUGGAACAUUGUCGCCUGUCCUGUCCCAGGCAUUUCCCUUCGAAGGCGAUUCUCCAAAGUCUCACGUCGCCUACACACGGAAUCUCAUUCAGCUGAUGAGCUAUGCUCCUGAACUUCAAUCCGAUAUCCUUGCUUUGAUUACUGAAAAAAUGGUCAAGGUGGAUGUUCAAAUCCAGGUCGACUUGGAGGAUUUCGAAGAUGAGCUCGGAGAGAACCUGCUGCACGGGUUUGCCCCUGAUGUCGAUGAAGAAUUGGAUGAUGACGACUCCGAGGCAAGCGACGAUGAGGCUGAUGAUAGCAAACGUGUCAUUGAGAUCAAGGAAAAUAUUCACAAGAUAGACGGCAUGAUCGAUGUUCUAUUCGAGUACUACUCUUCUUCGUUCACAAGUGGCAGCUUGGAAGAGAGGAAAAGUACUUUGACCCUUCUCAUGAGCCAUUUUCGCACCAUCAUCCUCCCGACGUACCGAUCCCGCCACACCCAGUUUCUUCUCUUCCACUUCUCCCAAUUGUCUCCUGAACUCACAGAGAUGUUCUAUUCGGAAUGCAUGACAAUUGUCUUCGAUCAGAGGCAGCCCCCUAUUUUGCGCCAGUCUGCUGCCGCCUACUUGGCAAGUUUCAUCGCACGUGGCGCCCACAUCCCGGGGCAAGCGGUCCGAAACACUUUUGACUAUCUAGUUGCAUACUUGGAAAAUAUGCGCACUGCCCACGAACCGGAAUGCCGGGGCCCCGAUCUCCGCCGUUACAGCGCGUUCUAUUCUACCGCACAGGCCGUUCUCUACAUCUUCUGCUUCCGCUGGCGUGAUCUGACGACUGCUGCCAUGGAAGGCGAUACUCCCGAGCAAGUGGAUGAACUGGAGCCAAGUCAGAUUUCAUUCGGUCCUCAUGUCAAGGAGUUUCUCCACAAGGCAAUCUACUCGCGCUUGAAUCCGCUCAAGAUCUGCUCUCCUGGCAUUGUCACCGAGUUCGCUCGCAUCGCCCACCACUUCCAGUUGCUCUAUGUUUACCCUCUCUUGGAGACAAACAAGCGCCUCCGUGUGACCGCGUUCCGCAGCAUUGCUACCCUCUCCAACCCCGCGUUUAGCCAAGUUGGGCGUGAGAUUCGCGCUGGCGACCACCUCGGCUACCAGCUGGACGCUUACUUCCCCUUCGACCCCUAUCAGCUCCCCCGCAGCCGUCGCUGGAUUGAGGGCGAUUAUGUCGAGUGGCGUGGCAUUCCAGGUUUAGAUGAGGACGAUGAUGAUUCGGAUAGCGGAGCAGAUGAUGAUGAUGACGUUGACGAUGACGAUACCGACGAUGAUGAAGAUGCCACUGCUACCGAUGAGGAGUAA